AUAUUGCAAAAGUUGUAAAGUUUUCGGAUAUUUUCCUAAAAGCUUCUAGAGGGCUAGGUUCUCUUCAGAAAGCGAUGUUGUGUGUGGAUCUGAGGACUUUAACUACUAGACAUGUGCUGACAGGAAUGGGAACAAGCUCGAGCUAAUUAAUUGGAAAACAUUGCCAUGUGCAUUUUAAUUUCCCUAUCGGAUUUCAAAUCUUUAAAAUACUAUCUGUUGACAUAUGUACGAUUAGCUCGGGUUUUUAUGAUAUAAACGGAGACAGAAAUACACAACACUUAGAAGUUUUUUGUGAGGUAGCGACGAAGGGAUGUUUUGAUAUCUAGUUUAAUUUUCUCCAGAAAUUCCUUCCUGUCUAGUGGGUGGACGGGUUAUCGCGCGUGCAUUGACUGAGAGUUACCAAGGAGUUGACAAAGCGCGAUAAGAAAUAAGUGAAAAAGGGACUGUUUUAAUAUCAACAGUGUCUGAGAAACUGAGCCAGUUACACAUUGUAUACUAAAACACAUACACAAUCAUGAUGAUGAUGGCCGAUUACCGAAGCUGUCGGUAUGAACCGAGUCUCCACACAUUCAACGGCGGUAACCCUCUCGGUCCGGUGGAUGUGUCGGAGGGGCAGCAUCUAACUGACCUCUCAUCCUAUCCCCAUGGGGGAUCUUCCAGCCAGGAAUCGUAUCACUACGGACAUGCCGCCCAGCCUUAUCACAGAGCGCCUGGAUACGAGCGCCCAUACUCUUCCGACUUGUACCAGUACCACAGUCCGACCAACUCACCCCGGACCUACGGCCCCACCGCUCCCUCCACAGUCUCACCCAUAGACCAGCGGCCGGGGGGUGCCCGGUGCCGCACCCUGAAGGAUCGACCAUUCAUAACGUCCUCACUCAAGGAGGACAACAAGAAAGACAGACUGGACAGCAUGGAUAGUGACGGUACCUCCAUUAAAGAGGAACCGUCCGAGGACGGAAGUGAAAAGCAUAGUUCCACGUGUGGUUCCCCAAAGUCUGAGGACGAUGAUGAUAUGAACCCCCACACCCCUGAGGAGGGGGAUGAGCACGUACCCCAUGUGUUAGCCCCGGGGUAUCACGGACCAAACAGGAGGUGUCUCCUCUGGGCGUGUAAAGCAUGCAAACGUAAAACUGUUACAGUAGACAGACGGAAGGCUGCUACUAUGAGAGAACGUAGACGACUUCGCAAAGUAAACGAAGCUUUUGAAGCCUUGAAAAGACGGACAUGUCCAAACCCAAAUCAAAGACUACCAAAAGUGGAAAUAUUAAGGAAUGCUAUAGAAUAUAUAGAGAGUUUGGAGGACCUUCUACACGGCAACAGGAUGGCAGUCGGUCCACGGGUGGAUGACCAUUGUAAUGACAAUGGUUCGACAAGUGGCAGUUCGGACUAUAUGACUGUGAAUAGUCCACAAUUUUACGCUGAAAAGUUGCAUCAUAUUGGCGAACAACACAACGGUUAUUCGCACACGAACGGUUAUGAACAACAGUCAUCAAAUGGAGUGUCAAGUCUCGACUGCCUUUCUCUCAUUGUGGAGAGCAUUAGUUCUCAAGGCUCUUCACAUAUGUUGAAUGGAAUGCCACCAGGAGAACGGCCCCUAUAAGACACCAAAUUUACAAACACUACAGUGAGGUGGGGUAACAAUUGUACCGGCUAGUGAGAUAAUAGGUCAGCGAACCUGGUGGAAUUUUCACUGUUUGAGGUGUUUUAGACUAUGGACGAAUGUGCCAAAUCUAAUAGGGGAUUCGUUGUUGUUGAGAAGACGUUCUAGAAAACGAACCUGACAUAACUGCUUCAUAAAUGACACUUGUAUUAAGUGAUAUAAUUGAGAAUGCAGUCAAGGCCAAUCAGAAACUCGGUAUGACAGUAUCGCACUGAAGGUUCUGAGCAAUGCAAAAGUAAUGUAAAACUUUAUGAAGACUUAAUCACAAUAUGGUGAUAAGUCUGGUGCUAUAAAUUGAAGAUUGCUCAAUCAACAUAUGUUAAAACAUGAAUUGAAUAUUAUUGGAGCCAUUUGAAGCCAACAGACAAUUAUCAGUUGCAAAAGUUGUAUUUUAUUCUGUCCAAAAUGGUGUCCAGCACAUAUGUAGGACUAGAAGCAAUGUUGGUUCCUUUAAGAAAUACAAUCAAUGGUUUCCUGUCUAUAUGUACAAAACAACCUAUACAAACCGAUCAAUUGUGUCCAUCAUACAAAUCAUUUUCAUAAAUGGUUACAAGGCAGCAUUCGAUAUUGUUCAGUGAACCACGUCGUUGACCUUAGAACUGGAAAUAGAAGUGUUCCUUGUCGUUCCAUAUUGGAGAAAAAACUUCAUGUUUAAACAUUGAAUCUCCUUAAAAUUAACUACUAAAUUACUCUCACGAUUGACACUUCUUUGGAAUAAUUUUAUAUUGCUUUUUGUUCUGCUUUAAUGUACUAUUCAUUAUAACUUAUUCAUAUUCAGAUAAUCACCAUAUUCAUACGGGUGAUUAGCCCUAAAUGUCAUUUCAAUGAGAUGUCUUCAAAUUCUUAUACAUAUCAAAGUCACCCUUCUCUUCAAAAUCUAUUUUUGUCAUGUUUAAUGUUGAUGUACUGAACAUAGAUGAAAACUACAUAUGCAAUAUGUAAAUACAAUUCAAAGUGCUACGUAAUAACGUCAUAUGUUUGUCCAUACUAAAGAGUGUUUUAGUACAAAAGUGUUGUCUACUUCAGAAUAUUGCGUGUUUAUGUACUGUUUUAAUAUAUGUUUCAAAUGUUCGAAGCCAUUUGAUAUAAAUUGUUUGGAAUCCUUCUCUGAAAAGAUAUCAGACAGGGAUUUUGUUUUAAGUAUCAUUAUACAAAGGUUAAUUUUUAUACUAUACUAGUUUCAGCUGAGGAAAAAACAUAUACUUUUAUUAAAUUUGUCCAUUUAAUAGAGAGAACAUAUUAAUCAAAAAAUCAAAUUUAAAAAUGAAAUUAAAACAUCAGCAUUCUUUUUGUGAUUAUUAAUCUAAAAACUCAAUAUACGAUAACAAACAUAAUUAUAAAUUGGUUUCGAGUACGUGAACUAUGUAUGUAGAAUGUGUGACGUUCUGAAUUUGAUUUCAUAAUGUCUUUGGUUUUAUUUGAACUGUUAUUAUUUUCAAUUUAUAAAAAUAAAUACCAUGUUUUAAAAUGACA